AUACCACUUGUCGGACCGCUUUUCUAUCAUCUCUCCUAAAACCAAUUGGUGUUAGCGAAGGUUUCAAGUAAGUCUUUUAUGGUAUUCGACAUCGCACCCGCAAGUCUGGUUUUAGAGCGGUCCCAGGGAGUGACAUUGUGUAACCAAAUCCAUGGGGCACUCCGGGCCCAACAAUCCCUCCAACAUAUGAAGACGGAGUGAAGAUUGAAUUCUCCAAAGAAUCUAACAAUUGGGGACGGAGUGAGGAAUUAACUGUCUGUUUUUAAACUUCUUCCUAUAUUUUGUCCAACACUAUGAAAAUUUGUCCUGAUAAAAGGGUUAACAAAAAAAUUCUGAUAUGAUAAGGUCACUGUUAAAUGGCACUUAGGACUCCCCAAAAAUUACUUUAAGACUGUGUGAGAACUAGUGGCCUUCCUUCUUCUUCAUCUACUCGAUUCUUAUUUUUUCUUUUUUGAGAAUCUUCUUCAUCUACUUGAUAACACUGAAUUUUGAAGAGCUAAAACAUAGCCAAGGGGAAUUCGAACUUUUCAAUGGAAGUGAUGAACAAGUUCAUAACAAUAAAGUCUCACAUAAAUGGUGCACCACAUGAGUCUGAUUUUGAGAUCAAGACCGGAACUUUUUCUCUCUCAAUUGAGUCUGGAUCAAAUAAUGUUGUUGUGAAAUCUCUUUAUCUAUCGAUGGAUCCUUUCCAAAUAAAUCGCAUGAAGAGUUAUAGUUCCAUACAGAAUACUAGCAGUUUUGCAGUUGAUAUUGUUCCUGGUGAGGCUAUUGAUGCCUCCUUUGGUGUGGGGAGAGUUGUGGCUUCUGGGCACCCUGGUUUUGAAGAGGGUGAUUUGGUUGCUGGAUUUAUCAGUUGGGGAGAGUACAGUAUAGUGAAAGGGGCUAACAUGUUGAACAAGUUGGAUCUCUUGGGCUUUCCACUCUCGUAUCAUGUUGGAAUACUCGGACUUAGUGGGCUUACGGCAUAUGUUGGGUUUUUUGAAGUAUGUAAACCAAAGAAGGGGGAGAAAGUGUUUGUAUCUGCAGCUUCUGGAUCUGUUGGAAACUUGGUUGGACAGUAUGCAAAAUUGUUUGGAUGUUACGUUGUCGGCUGCGCUGGAAGCAAACAAAAGGUGGAAUUGCUGAAAGGGAAGCUUCGUUUUGAUAAUGCAUUCAACUACAAAGAAGAAACAGAUCUGAAGUCUGCUCUCAAAAGGUACUUCCCUGAUGGCAUUGACAUAUACUUUGACAACGUGGGAGCUGAGAUGCUUGAAGCAGCAGUUGCCAACAUGAACACAUUCGGUAGAGUCGCAGCUUGCGGUGUGAUAUCCGAAUACACGGACGCUACAAAACGCGCUGCACCCAACAUGCUCGAAGUUGUGAUUAAGAGAAUAACGAUCCGGGGAUUCUUAGCUUCUGAUCACAUGAAUUUGUUGGCGGAUUUCAUUUCAACGACAGCCGAUCACCUUCGUAAAGGCGAAAUUCAUGUGCUUGAAGAUAUUUCACGAGGCUUGGAAAGUAUCCCGGCUGCUUUUACCGGUCUCUUUCGCGGUGACAAUAUUGGAAAAACUAUUGUUCAGAUCACGGAGGAGUAAAAACGCUUUUGUUUUUUUGGCAGUACCUAUCUUUUUUAUGCAAAUCACCCAGAAGUCCUUUGCGAUAUGAAGAAAUCCUAGUGUGAAGAGAACAGAACUAGUUAAAGUCAGUUAGUUGGUUGGUUAUGUGGUUCAUCUGUAUUUGCAUUUCAUUUCAGUUGUAUUUGGUUUUCAUGUAACUAGAGAUAGUGUCCAGCUCAUCAAGCCAUGUGGGGUUAUUGUAAACCAAUAGGAGGCUGAGUUGAGGUGAUAUAAAUAGGUGUGCUUUCUCUGAGUCUUGUAACCGAUUCAUAUAGAAAUAAGAUAUGGGUUUCAUCU